GCAGGAGCAGGAGCAGGAGCAGGAGACCCCCGCUGCCUCUGAGCCCAAUGUCGAGCAGGAGGAGGCCGAGCAAAACGAAGACGAGGAGGAGGAAGAGGAUGAGGAGGAAGGCGAGAUCAAUGAGGCUGAUGAGAGCAACGCCCAACCGCCUACCCCGCUCUCCGCCCGCUCGCGCCAGGUCACAUUCAGCGAGCCUACAUCUCCUGCGAUCCGUGUUCUCACGUCUGCUGAGAUCAUCAAGAUGUACACGGGCGACCUUGCUGGACCCGCCAUCGUUGAUGAGAUCCUCAAGUAUCCCCGCGUCUUCCUUGAGCGCUUCAGUGGUCUUUGCGAGCCACCAUUGUCAUUCCACUUUGAGAUUGCCAACACCGACGACCGCCGGUCUGGUGACCGCGGAUCGGGGAUGCGCCGUUCGAUGUCGGGCUCGGGCCGCCACCGCGAGCAGGCCCCGGCUGUGUCUUCUUCUAGCUUUGGCGGCAUGGGCAACUUCCGCCACAACAACACAGCACCAACGCCACGCACGCACCUCUGGGAGCGCUUCCGCCAGAGCACCAACGAGAUGAAGAACCGCAUGGACAUCGCACCGCGCGGCGGCUCAUCAAUGGGCGGCCGGCCUCCGUCGGGCCACAACCGUGAGAGCCGCGGUGGUCGCACUGGUACGCGCGGACGCGGCCGCGGCCGUGGCCGCGGCGGCUCGCAGCAGGGCGGCGACCGCAGCAGCACUGGCAUGUCUGACGGCCCCCCCUUGGACCUCAAGCCGCUGGCCAAGGCCGAAAACCGUUAUAUUGCCAAGGUGCUGGUCGUCGGCAAGAACGCCGUUGAGGACGAGAUGGAUGAGGAGGUUUACAAUCGCCGCAUAUAUGCGUUGCUCAACAAGAUGACGCCCGACAACUUUGAUUCUGUGUCGGACGAGCUGCUGGUGUGGGGUAACAAGUCCUUGCUGGAGACCAAUGGUCGCAUUCUGCGCCACCUCAUUGACACGGUGUUCUUCAAGGCGACUGACGAGAAGACCUGGGUUACGACGUACGCGCGCCUGUGCCUGAAGCUGAUCUGCAACAUCGACCCCAACAUCGCUGACGAAAACGUCAAGAACAAGGAGGGCAACCCGAUCAUGGGUGGCCUGCUUGUGCGCAAGUACUUGCUGACCAAGUGCCAGGAGGACUUUGAGCGCGGAUGGAAGAUUGAGAUGCCCGAUGACAUGGAGUCGGAUGAGUACUACGAGGCUGCCAAGAUCAAGCGCCGCGGCCUGGGCCUGGUGCAGUUCAUCGGUGAGCUGUUCCUGCGCGACAUCCUGACCGAGCGCAUUAUGCACCAGUGCUUCAAACGGCUGCUCACCAACUACGAGACGCCCGAGGAGGAGGAAACUGAGUCGCUGUGCAAGCUGAUGACCACAGUCGGCAAGAAGCUGGACCACGAAAAGGCCAAGAGCCAUGUCGAUGCGUACUUCCGCCGUAUUCAGGCCAUGUCAGGCAACAAAAAGCUUGCGUCGCGCUACCGCUUCAUGCUCAAGGACAUCAUUGAGCUGCGCAUGGGCAACUGGGCGUCGAUCUCCAUGCACGGGGACAGCGGCCCGAUGACCAUCGCCGAGAUCCAUGAGGAAGUUGAGCGUAAGAAGGCCGCCGAGGAAAAGCUGCGCCACUCGCAGUCCAACUCUGGCCGCCCACAAAGUCGCAGUCUGGGACCCGGUGGUCGCCGUCCCGGCUGGAACACCGUUGGUGGACCCAGUGGCAGCGGACGCGCCGAGCAGAACCAGCGCACCGGUGACCUCACCGGCUUUGGCAACAUCUCGCGCCUCAAGCAGCAGGCACCCGCUGGGGGAUCAGGCUCGAACCCCUUCAGCAACCUGUCGGGCGGCUCGCGCGGCUGGCGUAACAACUCAUCGGAUGGUCGCAAGUCCAACGAGCGCCCCCGCUCACUACUCCUGGGACCUGGCGGCCGCACGCCGUCGCACUCGUCUCGCGGCGGUCCCGGCGCUGCAGAUGCUGCUCCGUCGACGCCCGACCCCGUGGGCACGCACAACAUGUUUGACGCACUGAUGAACGCCGACGACGACCACCACCACCACCAUGCGUCGCCGCGCGCCGAGGCUAUGCGCAGCGGAUCCAAUGUCCCUGCAUUGGCCGCUUCGUCGAUGUCAUCGGCCGGGGCUUCCGCGAGCUCCAAGCCCAAGGUGGAUACCAUGGACUCGGCCACGAUGCAGCGCAAAAUCAAGGGCAUGUUCGACGAAUACUUGCAGCUCAAGUCAGACUCUGAGUUUGUCGAGUGCUUCAAGGAGCUGGGCGAAGUCAACUACCUGGCGGCUAUCUCCGAGAUUGCCAACAAUCUCAUGGACCGCCGUCCCGACCAAGCCGAGCAGAUCGUUAAGGGUGUUGCCGCGCUGCGCACCAACUCCAUCCUGCCCGAGGAUGUUGCCGUCGCCGGCCUUGCCGAUUUUGCCGAGAUGCUCGAGGACAUCGCUCUGGAUGCUCCCAACGCCGAGCGCUUCUUUGGCAUGCUGAUGGCGGCCAUUAAGGUGCCGCUGUCGCGUGCCGCCGAAACUCUGGGCGCGAUGAUGAACGACCCAUCGCCUUCAGCCGGGCCCAUCAUCUUUGUCUAUCUCAAGGAGCUCGUUGCUGCUGACGGCGAGGACAAGACGCGCGAGGCUAUCGAGAAGGCCAAGUUUGAUGUUGCGCAGUUCUUCGACAAGAGCAAGCAGUCCGACGAUGACGUCAAGGGCGUGCUGGCCAAGAACGGUCUUUUGCCGUUGUUUUCGAAGUUCGCUUAAUUGCCGAGCUUGAAUAAAAGUUUCAAUUUCCCUUUAAUUAUUCCUAAUUAUUCCUCUAAUCUAAUCUCCUCUUGAUUGUUCUAAAAAAAUAUACUAAAGUUCGAAAAUUCAAAAUUGUAAAAAAUUGAGGGAAAAAAACGCCGUGCCACAUUUGAGCGAUUCGCCAAUCAAAGCGAGCUUGGGGGCUCUUGGUUUGGCACAAUAGCAAAAAAAUUAUAAAAGUGCAAAGCAAAAGCCAAGCAAAAAAA